GGAGGGGGUGCACAGAGGCUCUGUGGAGAGAUGAAUACAGCUGUGUAGAGAGUAGGAAGGAGACGCACAAACAAGAAAACAAGCAACACUAGCCCACACGCCAGGACCAAAUGAUAGGAGCAACCGUUGUUUAUCUUUAGGUGGAAGAAGAACUGGGAUAUUAGCAAUAAUAACCAAAGAAGGACAGAUAUCUCUGCCACUCACAACAUUUGGGACAAAGGAAGACCGAAGAGUGGGAAAGGAAACAAAAGGAAGAGUGGAAAGAGAAAAGGAGUGACCUGAGGUGGAAACAGGAAACCAGAACCCUGAAACAGCCGCUGACCUCGGCCCGCUGAUCCACAAUGUGUGUGCAGCUGCAAACGCUACUGCUGCUGACCCUCUGGCUGAGCGUCACACAGGGCAACAGCUGGGGAGAAUGGAACGACUCUCAGCUUCAGCCAACAAUUCAGAAGUUGAUGAAAGGAUACAACCGCUACCUCAGACCUAAUUUCAAUGAGGGCCCUGUGGAAAUUGGAAUGAGCCUUGACAUUGCCAGCAUUGAUGCCAUCUCUGAAAUCAACAUGGACUACACUGCCACCAUCUUCCUUCGUCAGCGCUGGCGGGACUCCAGGCUGGUGUUCCCGGGAAAUGAGAGUGUCAGCGUGGAUGGACGCCUCGUGUCCCUGCUCUGGAUCCCCGACACCUUCAUCCCUGACUCCAAGCGCUCCUUCCUGCAUGACGUCACAGUGGACAACCGCCUCAUACGCAUAUUCAGCGACGGAACUGUUCUCUAUGCCUUACGCAUCACGGCUACCAUUGCCUGCAACAUGGACCUGACCAAGUACCCCAUGGACAGACAGGUGUGCACCCUGCAGCUGGAGAGCUGGGGCUACAACCUGCAGGAUGUGGUGUUCUACUGGACCAGAGGGAAUGAUUCCGUCAAGGGUCUUGACGUCCUGCGGCUGGCUCAAUACAGCGUAGAGAGCUACUACACAUCAGUGUCAGAGGCUGUGUAUGAGACAGGACAAUACCCCAAGCUGGUGUUGCAUUUUGCACUGCGUAGAAACGUGCUGUUCUUCAUUUUGGAGACAUAUGUUCCCUCCAUCCUGCUUGUGGUUCUGUCCUGGGUCUCUUUCUGGAUCAGCCAGUCCUCUGUCCCAGCUAGGGUCUGUAUUGGAGUAACAACAGUCCUGACAAUGACCACACUGAUGAUGGGCGCCCGCUCGUCCCUGCCCAAUGCCAACUGCUUCAUCAAAGCCAUAGAUGUGUACCUGGGAAUCUGCUUCACCUUCAUCUUUGGUGCACUGGUGGAGUACGCCUGCGCUCACUUCUAUAACAUGCAGAACCAGACCAUCGAGGAUGUGUACAGGGAUCUUCUGAGGGAGUUCUGUGAAUCCAAUGGAAACGGCUCCAUUCCCAUUGUCGGCUCCAACCAACCGAACCAGUCUGUUGAGGUCGGCUCCACUGCAGAGGAGCUCACGGAGCAGUCAGCAAACAGCACCACUAGGAACGAUGUUCUAUCUAAAGAGAAGGUGUCAGGACAGGGCUGCAGCUUGUCUUCAGUGAAGGACAUGUCACGCAGGGCGGCAUCCACCUUCACUGUGGAAAAUCCACACAACAUUGAUCGCCACGCUCGUACCGUUUUCCCCACAGCGUUUCUCUUUGUCAAUAUCCUCUACUGGCUUUACUAUCUCUUUCUCUGAUUGUUGGCUCCAAGCUGCUGCACAGUUCAUUAUUCACCAUCCUUGAAGAAGCUCUACCUCCUCAUUUGAGAGCCAAUACCAGUUACCACUGCCGAAGCUUUUUGUAUCACACACCGUAUAAGAAACCUUUUUGUCCCAGACAGGGAUACAAAGUGACCCAAAAGCAGUUGAGAAAUGAUUCUAUGUAUCACACCCUUUACUGAAAGCUAUUUUUGAUCAUGCAUGGAUGGCUUUUAAUAUAUUAACAUGUAGAAGUGAUGAUACAAAUCUGAUAAUUCCAUAGAGCAAAUGAAGAUGAGUAAAUUAGUUAUAAACAAAAGGCUGUGUGAACUGCAUCACACUACAUUGUGCUGCAUGGAAUUUUCUUCACUAGGUGACAGAUGUAAAUGUGUCUCUUUUUUGUUUG